AUGGCUUAUGGGAAGCGGCGUAACAUGUUAAGAAUGAGACUUGCUGGGGUGUUUCUUGGCGGAUAAAAGGAAGCUUCAUUGAAGCGAGCUCUUGCCAUUCGUCGCUGACCACAGACUACCAUGUCGACGUGUAAAGGUAUUUUGCUUGCAACUGCUGCCAUCUACGCUUCUUGCUUUUGUCCCAGCUUCACACAGGCAAAGUAUUACCCAGAAGUGCCACCGGAUCUGCAAAAGUAUCAAGAUCCAUUGACGUGCCCAGAGACACCAGACAAAUGGUACAUGAUGUACAGAAAUUACCCGUACGAUCCAUUCUACGGCGGAGCGGCGAAAUGUGUCAAUUUCCAGAGGCUUGGACCAAGCAAAGAUUUCGCAGUUCCAUCUAAGUUCUCAUGGCACACUAAGGGAGCUGGAACUCAGUCAGUUGUCGGCACGUAUGUUUCCACUUCGAUGCCCGGAUACAGAAACAAAAAUUUUCACACCUUCUUUCCUAAGAAUGCUCCAUUUGCUUGGCAGAAGUAUACGGUGUUUGUUGACUGCGGCAACUGCUACAUUGGUCGUCAUCCUUACGCUGGACACGGCUGCACGUUGUGGCGUCGUGCAGGAAGUGGCGUCGUUAAAGGCACCGACCACUGUGACUUUAUCUUCGUCUUACUCUGCGGCUCAUUUCCCAAGUACACAGUGUACGAGCCAACCUGUCCACGUGAGCUUGGCAAAGGCCCAGUGGAAGCUCUCGAGGGGAUCAGACGUGAUCUGGGCCAAUCGGCCAUUGUGACGCUGACGUGGCCCGGCCCUUGCCUUCGUGGCACGGGACAGCAACCGGUUACGGUGGCGUGGGAUUGGACCGGGGCCGCGGAACACAGUCACUGCGAGGCAGUCGAGGCUCAGGAGCUGGAGUUGUCGCUGGCCGACUCACCAACUCAUGGCCAACUCACAACUCCGUGCCAAGCAAGUCCCAGCCAAUGGUACAUGGUGUACAGGAAUUACCCUUACGAUCCAUUCUACGGCGGAGCGGCGAAAUGUGUCACUUCGGAGAGAGUUGGACCAGUCAAAGAUUUCACCUUUCCGACUAAGUUGUCAUUGCGCACUAGCGCAGCUGGAACUCAGUCAAUAGUCGGCACUUAUGUUUCCACUUCGACGCCUGGGUACAAAGUAAGAAAUUUGCACACCUUCUUUCCUAAGAAUGCUCUAUAUGCUUGGCAGAAGCAUACGGUGUAUUUUGACUGUGACAACUGCUACAUUGGCCGUCAUUAUUACGCUGGUAACGGACACGGCUGUGCGUUGUGGCGCCGUGCGCAAAAUGGCGUGGUAAAAGGCCCCGACCACUGUGACUUUAUCUUCGACUUAUUCUGCGGCUCAUUUCCGAAAUACACAGUGUACGACUCGACCUGUCCACGUGAGCUUGGCACAGGCCCAAUGAAAGCACUCUAAGUGACCAGCGGCUGGCGAGUUCUUCUCGACAUCGCAGAUGCGAGCAAUGUGUGUGGCUGCUGCAAUAAAGCAUAA